AUGUGGGCAAUUCAAUGCAUUCUGGACAGCGGUGGAUCAAUCGAUCUGCGAGCUGCCGAAUGCGACGUGAUCGAUGGCCCAGCACUUGGGACUGAUGACUCCGUUCGUCCUACAUCGGUUCCUCAAGCAACAUCUGCACGUCAUCCGGCGGCGACAUCCUCAGGCAUCUGGAAAUCAAUCUGCAUGCUUCGACGCCCAAUCUAA